GGAGACAGAGCAAAGCCACAUUGUCUGGGAGGGCCUUUAGAAGCCCAGCCAAGUUUUCCUCCAGCUUUUGUGUGCACUGCUGCUCUGGGACGGCUGCUUCACUCCGCUCAGCAAGGAAGAGCCUUGUUUGUUUCUGACCUGGUUGAAGCAGAGGAUGGUUGAAGACCAAAUGAGAGAUUAGACGUUUUUCAGACCUGUUCGGUCUAAGGGAUAAGAAUGGCCAAGCCGUUCCCGCAACUUCUCAUCGAUGCGGCUCAACGUCAUCUCAGGGCAGGCAAGAAAGGCUUAUCCCGGUCUUCCUCUUUGCAACUGGCUGGAAAGAUACUUGCCGUAGCCGCUGGCUUAAAGCCAGCUUUUCUCUAUGAUUACAAUUUGGCUGGACGCCCUCAGAUCCUGAACUACGUGCAGAGCAUCGGUGACCUUGGAUGUCGGUUACACAUUUUGAGCAUCGCUGAUCAUGUUCUGAUAAUCAACUUGGACAUGACGGUGCAGUGGCUGGAGAUGGUCCUGCAGGACAAUAAAGUCGUCUUUGUUGACGUUUCCGCUGCCAGGACGAGCCCUGGCUUCUGUGACAAAGCAGACGUAGAUUCCAUAAAAGCACAUAUAUCUGAGAUCCUGAAUCAUCUUAAAGCGUUGGCAGUAGACCCAUCCUGGGUCCUCUCUUCCAGCUCUGUUUUUUCUGCUGAAUGGAAUCUGUGUACCCUCUUUGGUGUAUUGCUAGGAUACCCGGCAGCCUACAGUUUCCCUGCUCCUAAGAGCUUUGACAACUGUCUUUCUCUGACCCCGCUGAGAGUGUUCACGGUCCAAACCACGUUCUGCAGGAUAAGCGACGAUCUCAGGGUUCAACUUUAUUCUUUUAGCGUCCCGGAAAAUUUAUAUUCCCGCAUGAAAACUGGUAUCGAGGAGUGGUCUGAAACGUUACAGGAUGCUUCUAGGCUUCAGAAAGACUUUUCAGAUCUUGGCAUUACUUCUGAGAUUGUCACUUUGGAGGCGGUGGCUUUGUAAAG